CGCGUAAAUUUAGGCAGUUGAUUACAAAUAUUAGUUUCUAAUGCUUACGCACACUGGAAGAGAUUAAUAAGUAAUUAGACGAAAAACCAAUCUAAUCAACUCAUCUACUAUCCAUGAAUUUUAAGACAACCUAAUUGUAGUGGGUAACGUCAUAUAAUACAGUAGCAAGAUCCUAGUUUGAACAAGAUCUUCAGCAUUUCCAACAUAUUUUGUUUUAUGUUGACAAACAACUUUUGUCCGUUGGUAUAUUUGACCUUGAAUUGAACGCGAAAAACUUUUCUUAAUUCAGUUAUAACGUAAUUACCCUAAAAUCUCGAGAUGAAAAUCUCAAUCGUUUUUAUCUUCAUCUACGUCAUCGCUUCAUCCUGGUGUCAAGAUGAAACAGUGUUUCACUGCUCUCCCAAGCCUGGUUGCCAGAUUGCACAGUGUGAUCCGGUUGCUGUAGGAUGGGACAGACCAGGCUUCAACAUUGAUGAACAUCUGCAUUAUAAGGAGUUUCCAAUUACGUGCAAAUCUAUGAAUAACACGAAAUCAAAGAAUACUGGCAACUUGCUUCCUGUCGUAACUCGAAAUAUUUUAGGUAUAAGAAAUAUCAAAUCAGAAUUAGAGGAAUUAAAAGAUGACUUUGGAAGAGCAAAUUCUGAAAUCCGAAAAAAUCGUAAUAAAAUUGCGGAACUAUCAAACGAAAUCACGGAUUUCCGUAACAGUACUCUUCAGCAAUCUCGUCAAAUUGAAACUCUACUGAAGGAAAACACAGAGCAAAACUUUGUGAUCAAUGAAUUGAAGAAAGAUUUGAUUGAAGUUCAAGACAAGAAUGAUAAGUUGGAGAAAACAUUGAAUAAACAACAGAAAACAAAUAAUGAGAUCAAGAAAGCAAUGGAGCAGAUCGAACAAAAACUUACUGCAUUGGAAAAGUCUCAAAAGGUUCAAUCUGGAAACCGAAAGAGACCGACGACAACAACCAAAACAACAUUGAAACCGACUCCUUCCCCAGAAAACUGCAAAUUGAAGAUCGGAAAUAUCUGUUAUAUUUUCGUGAUACAAAGAGUCAACUACGACAAAGCAGUUGAUAUUUGCAAGGAACGUAACGCAAAUGUUGGUUUGAUUCGAGAUGAGGAAUCUCACAAUGCGAUUAUGAAAUAUUUGAGUGUGAAUAUGCUAAAAGAAAAUGAGUGGAUCACUAUAUGGACUGGAAUCCGCUUUGAUCCAAUGACCCGUGACGUCACACCUGCUGAUUCAUUCAUUAAAUGGGAUCAAGGUAUUCAAUUAACUGGAAUUGAUUUUAAAGAUCACACAAAUGUUUAUCUUUCUCUCAGUGCUAAUUUAAAGGUGAUAUAUCAAGGGAUGGAGAAUGGCCUUCCAAGAAUGAUAAGUCAUGGGGUUCUUUGUGAGAUCCUGAUCUAAUGAAACUUCUGCCUAGUUGUAUUUUAUUUCUCUGGAUCUGUCAUCAGUGAAAAUAUAAAUCUUUGAUUUCAAUUUGAAAUCCAUUUCAAUUAUCCACUUCAAUUACAUUGAAUUGUUGUUGAAAAUUUAUUGAGAGUUAGAUUAACAAUAUCAACAUUCUGAACAGUCAUUCGUCUAAUUAUUAUGUCUUUGUAAAUCUACUUUGUUGAAUUACGUUAUUUUGGAAAUUUCAAAAAUAAAAAUAUUACGAACUUGCCUCAUG